AUGAGCAGUCACCAGGGCCCCCGGGCGCUGACCCCGGGGGGCAACCUGAGCCAGGUGCAGGCCACCGGGCGGGAGCUGUUCCAGCAGGUGUGUGACAAGGCCAGCCUCAGAGAAACCUACUUCUUCGGCCUCAGCGUGGUGCAGGCCACCGGGCGGGAGCUGUUCCAGCAGGUGUGUGACAAGGCCAGCCUCAGAGAAACCUACUUCUUCGGCCUCAGCGUGGUCAGAAACAAUGAAUAUAUGUUCAUGGACUUGGAGCAGAAGCUCAGCAAAUACUUCUUGAAGGACUGGCGCAGAAACCUGCAGAAGGGCAGGAGAUCCAAGGCCCCCUUCGUGACCUUCCUCCAGGUACAGUUCUACGUGGAAGACGGACGGCUGAUAAGCAACAGGACCGCCAGGCACCUGUACUAUUGCCACCUGAGGGAGCGGGUGCUGAGGUCCCAGUGUGCCUACCGCGAGGAGGCCUACUUCCUGCUGGCUGCCUACGGGCUGCAGGCCGACCUGGGCAACCACCGGGACCGCGCCCAUGUGGGGCGCUACUUCGAGCCGCAGGCCUACUUCCCACAGUGGAUCAUUGCCAAGAGGGGCAGCGCCUACCUCCUCAGACACGCACCUGCUGUGCACCGCGAGCAGCGGGGCCUGAGCCCCAGGGAGGCCGAGCUGCGCUUCAUCAGGGAGGCCUGCCAGCUGGAGGACGUGCCCGUCCACUUCUUCCGGCUCUACAAGGAUAAGAAGGCAGACAGACCUACCAUCGUCCUGGGACUGACCCUGAAAGGGAUGCACAUCUAUGAGGACGUGAACCACACUCCACGGCUGCUCUACGACUUCCCCUGGCCCCACAUCGGGAAGCUGGCGUUCCUGGGGAAGAGGUUCGAGAUCCGGCCGGCUGGGCCGCCCUCGGCCAGGAAGCUGGUCUACUACACGGGCUGUGCCUCCCGCUCCCGCCACCUGCUGCGCCUGCUCAGCGCCAGCCACCAGCUGCGCCUGAGGCUGCAGCCCCUGCUGGGGCAGCUACGGCGGCUGGAGGAGGCGCAAGAAAAGAAGUGCCACCGGGAGACUUACAUUAGCGACUCACUGGACCAGAACCCAGUGGGCAGUGGCCGGCCCCCCCCCCGCCGCCUCUCACUCCUCUCGGCCAACAGCCACGGCAGCUCCCGCCUGUCAGGCUUGGAGCCCGGGGAGAUGUCCGUGGAUGAGCCCUUCGGGGCCACGGCACUCCACGGGGACAUGGUGUCCUGCAGCUCCAGCCCCAGCCAGAGCAGCGGAGACACAGCGGGUGGCAGUAGAGGCCAGCCCAAGGGGGGCAUCCAGGACCUCGGGGACGCCUCUCACCCCCGGGAGCCCUUGGCGGUGGUACAGGUCACACUGGUGAAGAUGAGGGGCUGGAGCGCCGAGGCCCUGCACCAGAUCCCCGGGGCGACCUCCCUGCACGCAGACCAGCACAGCCGCAGCCUGGACGACAGGCGUCCGCGCCCCGCCCCGCGCUCUGCCCGGCGCCCUGUGCCCGCCCCGCGCAGCUGCCCCCUCCGUGGAAGCAGGUCCACGAACUGCCUCACUCUGGAGAACCCGCUCGCGCAGGAGUUCGUGGUGUAA